AAGGAGUACUCUCCUCUGAGUUCAAUCAUCUUGCACUCCUAAGAAUCACCACCAUGGCCCUUGUGCCAGGGAGCAGCGAGGAGGAUGGGCUUUGGAAUAGAAAUAGCCUAGGCUCCCCCCAGCAUCCAGAAAGUCCCAGGCUGCCCAACCGUCUCGGGGACAGAGGAGAGAUUGGCAAGGCUGAAGGUCACCAGGAUAUUCAGGUUUUCUCUCAAAAGUCCCAUCUGCCAUCUAUUGUGGUGGGAGCCUCUGAGGUGAAUGAAGAGAGUGGGGAUCUCCACUGGCCCCAUGAGGAGCUGCUGCUGCUCACUGAUGGUGAGGAAGAGGAGGCGGAGGCCUUUUUCCAAGACCAAAUUGAAGAGCCAGGCUGGGCUUGGAGCCCACAGGAUGCUAGAUCUCCUUUAAGAACAUUUAACGCUGGACUCAGCUGGGGGCAGGACCAGGAUGAGGAAGAUGCUUGUUGGAUUCCUGAGGACACGGGGUGUCAGGGAGCCACCAACCACUGUCCUUUCUGGGACUCAGCAACAGGGUCCGGUGUUUGCAGAAGCAGCUUUGUGGAAUAUUCCCAUCUCCUGCCUCCCAGUAGCUUUGAGGGAGCUGAAGAAGAAGCUGUUCAAACGCCGGCGGGUGUUAAAUCGGGAGCGGCGUCUGAGACACCGGGUGAUCGGGGCUGUGAUAGACCAAGGGCUGAUCACGAGGCACCACCUCAAGAAGCGGGCGUCCAGUGCACGUGCCAACAUUACUCUGUCCGGGAAGAAGCGCAGAAAACUCCUGCAGCAGAUCCGGCUUGCCCAGAAAGACAAGGCAGCCAUGGAAGUGGAAGCCCCAACAAAGCCAGCCAGGACUAGUGAACCACAGCUCAAAAGGCAAAAGAAGACGAAAGCCCCUCAGGACGUAGAAAUGAAGGACCUUGAAGAUAAGAGCUAAACCUCUUCCACUAGAAGAUUCUCAGCUGGAACCAGCCUUCAGACUCAGUGGAUGUUUCAGAGCACUUUGAUAAAAGCAGUGCUCCUUUUCACUCUCCAGAUUUCCUCCUCCCUAAUGGCCUACUGACCUUCCCUAGAGGGAUGUCUUUGGGAGGGAAGAAAGUUGAGAAGAAAGAUUGGAGAAGGGCCUCUGCAGCAGUCAACUCCAUUUGUAAUAAAGCCCUAGCACUCUGA